AUGUCAAUGACAUCAACAAAUUCAGUCAAACAACGUAAAUUAAAUGAUUUACGUGUUGUCGAUUUACAACGUGAACUUCGUUCAUUUAAUAUUCUUUAUGAUAAAAAAGAACUUAAAGGAUCACUUCUUGAAAAACUACGUCAAGCUUUACUCAAUCGAAAUCUUGAUCCCGAUAAUCAUCUUUUUGAUACAUCUACUGAUCUUAAAUCAAUAUCAUCGGAUGAAAAUAAUCGAAAUCAUGAAGAAAAUAGUUCUCAUGAAACAAAUAGUUUAGAAGCAACAACUACGGAGGUCGAUACGAAACAACGAUUAAAUAUUGAAAAUCUAGUGCAAACAAACACAACAUCAUCAUGCUCGUCACCAUCAUCAAUGAAAAUUUCAACAACAACAUCAUUAACAAAAGACACAGACGAUGAACAAAAUGAUCAAACAAAUUGCAUGGAUACAAUUGAUUUGAAACAAAUCGUCGAAGAUUGUGAUAAUAAUAAUAGAGCUUUAACAAUCGAACAAUUACCAAUAGAUCAAGAAGAUGAAAGUAAUAAUGAUAAAAUUGAUCAUGGUCUUAUACAAGUAUCCUGUUCAUCAUCCGAUGAAGAAUUAGAUACAAAUAAUCAAAUAGAACAAUCAACAAAUAAAAAGUUUUUUAAUCAUAAUGCAGAAACAAUAAUACCACCAUCAACAACAGCAACACAACAACAAACAUCAUUCGAACAUUUACAUGGUGAAAAUGAAGAACAUACGACAACCACCACAACAACAACAAAUCUUUCGACUGAGAAUGAUAAUCUGUCAAAAAGUGAAACUAAUCGACAAGAAUCAUCGGAUGAACAACAGAAAAAAGAUAAUACAAAUAAAUCAAAUAAGGAUGAUUGUUAUCUUUGGGUAUCAAAUAUUGCCAAAGAAACUCAUGCAUCUGAUUUAAAAGCAUUAUUUUCAAAAUAUGGAAAAGUUUUAACAACGAAAGUUAUUGGAUCAAGUUCAUCUCAAUGGUUUGGAUAUAUUCAUUUAGCAACACCAGAUGAUGUUGAAAAAUGUAUUCAUGCAUUACAUCAAACAGAAUUACAUGGAAAAAAAAUUCAUGUUGAUCGAGUAAGUUUAUAA